AUGAACAACAAUCGAGCAAGGUAUCCUCCCGGUCUUGGGGUCGGGAGAGGCGGAGGAAUGAAUGCGAACCCUAAUUUUCAGUCAAGGGUCCCGCAUCAGCAGUACGUGCAGAGGGGUUUGAUGCAGAACCAUCAGCAGUUUCAAAAUCCCCAGCAGCAACAUCAGCAGCAACAGCAACAACAGCAUCAACAACAGCAGCAGUGGUUGAGGAGGAAUCAGCUACCUGCUGGGGAUUCCAGUGUCGAUGAGGUGGAGAAGACAGUUCAAUCUGAGGCCGUUGACUCCAGUUCGCAAGAUUGGAAGGCAAGGCUAAAGAUACCUGCAGCAGAUACACGUUACAGGACAGAGGAUGUCACUGCUACUAAAGGGAACGAGUUCGAGGACUAUUUUCUGAAGCGUGAACUUUUGAUGGGAAUAUAUGAGAAAGGGUUUGAAAGACCAUCUCCGAUUCAAGAAGAGAGUAUACCUAUUGCACUUACUGGCAGUGAUAUUCUGGCUAGAGCUAAAAAUGGAACCGGGAAAACAGCUGCAUUUUGCAUCCCAGCUCUGGAAAAAAUUGACCAGGAUAACAAUGUUAUUCAAGUUGUUAUCUUGGUGCCAACUCGUGAGUUAGCUCUUCAGACUUCUCAAGUUUGUAAAGAGCUUGGAAAACAUUUGAAAAUUCAAGUAAUGGUUACUACUGGUGGUACAAGUUUGAAGGAUGACAUCAUGCGUUUGUAUCAACCUGUCCAUCUGCUUGUUGGGACUCCUGGAAGAAUUCUAGAUCUUGCAAAAAAGGGUGUCUGCAUUUUGAAAGACUGCUCAAUGCUUGUUAUGGAUGAGGCUGAUAAACUAUUGUCUCCGGAGUUUCAACCUUCAAUUGAGCAGUUGAUUCGUUUUCUUCCUGGAAGCCGGCAGAUUUUAAUGUUCUCUGCUACAUUUCCUGUUACUGUAAAGGACUUCAAAGGUCGUUAUCUUCACAAGCCUUAUGUCAUCAACCUUAUGGACGAGUUAACGCUUAAGGGUAUUACCCAGUUCUAUGCUUUUGUUGAGGAACGACAGAAAGUCCACUGUCUGAAUACUCUCUUUUCUAAGCUGCAAAUAAACCAGUCUAUCAUCUUCUGCAACUCAGUAAAUCGUGUAGAACUGCUGGCCAAGAAGAUUACAGAACUUGGCUAUUCGUGUUUCUAUAUUCACGCAAAAAUGCUGCAAGAUCACCGUAAUAGAGUGUUCCAUGACUUCCGCAAUGGUGCAUGCAGGAAUCUUGUUUGCACUGAUUUAUUUACCAGAGGUAUAGAUAUUCAGGCAGUGAACGUUGUUAUUAACUUUGAUUUCCCCAAGAACGCGGAAACAUAUCUACACAGGGUUGGUCGAUCUGGGAGGUUUGGACACCUCGGUUUGGCUGUGAAUUUGAUCACCUACGAGGACCGUUUCAAUUUGUAUAGGAUUGAGCAAGAACUUGGCACUGAAAUAAAGCAGAUUCCUCCACAUAUUGAUCAGGCAAUCUAUUGCCGGUAG